AUGAUCACAAAUGUUCCUUCCAUGGUCGACAAAUGGCUUUUAAGUAUCAAGCCUUACAUCAACGACAACAACAACGUCAUUGUCGGCUUGGAUGUUGAAUGUCUCCUCGCUAAACGUCGUGGUAUGCCAAACACAGCUGCUGUCCUUCAACUUUGCAUCGGUGGAGAAUGUCUUAUUUUUCAAAUUUUACACACCUCGUUUAUUCCAGAAUCACUCAUUGCUUUUUUGGGCAACAAAAACUACAAGUUUGUCGGUGUUGGAAUCAAAGACGACGUGGACAAGCUUCUUAGAGACUUCUCCUUGCAGGUUGUAAGCUUUGUGGAUCUUCGCACACUUGCAUCUAAAAAGAUGAGUGACAAAGCUUUGAAUUUUGCAGGGCUUAAAACAUUGGCUCUUCGUGUUGCUGGUAUAGAGAUUGAGAAACCAAAGAAAAUUACUUUGAGUAAUUGGAGUAAUUUUCCACUUACUCUUAAGCAAGUUGAAUAUGCGUGUCUGGAUGCUUUUAUCUCUUUUGAAGUUGGAAGACUUCUUUUCUUAUUAUAA